AACUCUGCUAGGACAGUGCUCACUAGGGCGUUAUCUACUUACGACCAAACACCAAUGUUAAACCUGGGUAUAUACCCUGAGUUUACACUCUGCGUAUGUUCAGCAAUUUAAUAAUAUAUGAAGCGUUUGCAUCUAGAAAGCAAAACAUAACAUGGCAGACUCUAAAGGAUCUCGUUUUGAAGGCAAGGUUGCAAUUGUUACAGGCGGAUGCAAGGGCAUCGGUAAAGGAAUCGUAGAUGUGUUCGUUGAAAAUGGCGGGAAGGUAGCCAUAUUUGAUAUAGACGACAAACUUGGAGGGACAUUAAACUCCGGUGAAAUUCUCUACGUAAAUUGUAACGUGACCAUCGAGGAGAGCAUUCGGACAGCAGUCAAUACCGUGGUAGACAAGUUUGGCCAAAUUGAUUGCCUUGUAAACAAUGCUGGUAUAUCUGUAAGAACGUCCCUCGAGAGUAGCACGAUGGAAGAUUUCCGAAGACUGCUUGAUAUCAAUUUGGUUGCGUACUUCGGAACAAUUAAGUGCGCCAUUCCACAUCUUCGCAAGACCAAAGGAAGUGUCGUCAACAUAUCCAGUAUUAACGGGAUUAUGGCAAACCAAUCCACUGGAUUCUACAAUGCAUCAAAGGGAGGAGUAACCGCCCUUACGAAGAGUUUCGCCAUAGAUGAAGUAAAAAAUGGAGUUCGUGUCAAUAGCAUUUCCCCAGGAGUGAUAGACACGCCAAUGUUUCAGGCCGUCAUCCAACAACAACCACCGGAGUUUCUUCACCGAUGGGAAUCAAUCAGUCAAAUGCAUCGCUUGGGUUCUCCUCGAGAGAUCGGUCUAGCCUGCCUCUUUCUCGCCACUGACGCCACGUUUUGCACGGGCGUGGAUCUCUUGUGCACGGGAGGGGCGGAACUCGGAUUCGGAACUAAAAUAAAUUGAGUUAUCAUAAGUUUGUUUGCAAUAAAAAAUAUCUUUCUCAAAAUUAUACACAAUCUGUACUGCGUAUAUAUUGUUUUUUUAUGUUUUUUUUUAAAUUGCUUGCUUAAUUGUUCUGUGAAGAAAUCACUGUUGUGAUAUUUUGUCCAUUUUUUAUUGGUUUACACGACAUAUUAGUCUUUGUUGUCGCGGUUAUAAUUACAUGUUUGGAGAAUUGUCAACAUAGAAUAACAUAUAUCAUAGUACUUAGUUGUAGUGUUGACACGUAAAACAAAUUGCUUCCAUGAAUACAGGUACAAAUACAUGUACAUAGCAUUUACAUGUAUAUAGCGCAAGCAUUAUAACCAUAUUUCAUUGCGCUUCACAAUCACAAAUUUAGAAUUAAGUUGAACAAUUUUAAUUAAUAUACAUAUAUAUAUACAUGUAUAUAUAAAGUUGUGUACACCAUUUUGCUUUAACUGAUGGAUGUUCAUUACUGUUAUUUAGAAUUGUGUAUAGUCUUUUUGCAUCAGAUUCUUUUUUCAGUACUGUAAAAAUGGGGGCAAAAAGGGUUUGAUAAUUUGUUCUGUAGGGCAAGAUAUACAUGUUUUUUAUUCCAAAUGUAAGUAUUUCUCUUGUCACCCCUGUGUAUUGAAUGAAAUUUAUGAUCAAAUUGUACAUUUUAUUCAAUUCAUAAUGCAUAAAGAGAGAUAAGGGUUCCAUUUUUUAUACAUCACAUAUACAAUGAAUUCCAGCUACGAAACAUGACUUUAAGAAAACACUUUUACUUCCUAUCAAUAUAUUUGGAUUAUAAAAACGUUGUCGCAUAUUUCGUCGUGACACAAUAAACGUAAAUAGAAUCCAAUUCUGUUUACUUUACGUUUUAUUUCUGAUUAUUAACACAACACAACGUUUUCAUAAUGUUUGUCAAAUACAAGAAAACACGCGAAGCCCGCAACGGGCCCAGCCCGCGAAAGCAAGCAACAAUGCCCUUCAAUCAAAUCUAACCGCAGACCUUUUUUAUUCUGACAAAACAUCUUCAUUUUGUUUAAAGGUUAAUUUGCAUAGAACUCAAUUAUAACUUUGAUUGGUCGUUAGUGUCCGUUUCUGCACGUGCUUAUUGUUGAUUGGUUGAAUUGCUAAAUUACUGUUCCAAAAUGACACGCCCCGGGAAUUGCGCACGUGUUUACCAACUUAUCGCUUCAGGGUCCGGUUUAAUAAAAAACUACAAAACACGACUGUAGUCACGCGACUGUGCGGUCGACCGACGGUUGUCGGCCGCCAACUGACAAAUUGUCGCGUUCACGGAGAAAUUUGCCGCGACUGUGGUCGCAUGACUGUGUGGUCAGUCGACUGCGGUCGUUGUAGUCGCUAUUUUUAGAAAAUUAUCACUUCCGCCAUCAACAUUUUUU